AUGUUGAAACCUAUAGCAAGCGGCUUUUAUAGAGAUCUGAUUUCUGGUAAAGUUGAAGGAUGCGACAAAGACACUCUGAACUCGGUCAGCCGCCUGGCAGAAGAUAGACGUAAUCUGGACUCCUACCUGUACACUCGAUUCCUGGAAUACGCAGAACCACAUCUACCCAAGGAAAUAGCGUCUAAGCUCAUCUCCCUCAAGAGAAUAACGGACUUGCGUUUUCCGCAUGAAUGGUUUCCUGAAGCCAGACGAAUGCAACGUAAAAUCCAUCUACACGUUGGUCCAACCAACAGCGGCAAAACUUAUUCAGCAUUAAAGCGCUUGACGGAAGCUAAGUCUGGAAUUUAUUGCGGACCCUUGCGACUUCUCGCACAUGAAAUUUUUGAGCGAAUGAACAAUAAUGGCAUUGCGUGCAAUCUGGUCACUGGAGAGGAAAAGAGGAUCAUCAGUGAAGACGCGACACUUACAAGCUCAACAGUUGAAAUGGUAGAGCUAAAUCGUGAUUUGGAGGUAGCUGUUGUCGACGAAAUCCAGAUGAUGGGCGAUCGUACUCGAGGCUGGGCUUGGACGCAAGCUUUGUUAGGUCUUCGCGCUCAAGAAAUCCACCUUUGUGGUGAAGAAUCAGUUGUUCCAUUGGUUAAGCAGCUUUGCGAGGCUAUCGAUGAUGAAGUGACUGUUCAUCGCUACAACAGAUUAACACCACUAUCAAUAUCUGAAAAGUCUUUGGGCGGAAGCUACGGAAAUGUUAAAAAGGGAGAUUGCGUCGUCACAUUUGCACGAAAAGAUAUUUUCGAAGUUAAAAAAGCUAUUGAAAAGGAAACCGGCUUAAGGUGCGCUGUUGUCUAUGGUGCACUUCCACCUGAAUCUAGAGCGUUGCAGGCAAAGGCUUUUAACGAUGCUGCCAGCAAUUUUGAUGUCCUUGUGGCAUCAGAUGCAGUUGGAAUGGGUCUCAACUUGAACAUCAAGAGAAUUGUCUUUGAAAGCGUUCAAAAGUACGAUGGCAAAUCUUUCACCUUUAUACAUCCUCCCCAUUUGAAGCAGAUUGCUGGUAGAGCCGGUAGAUUUGGCACAACCUAUGCAAAAGGAGAAGUCACAACAUUUGAGCAAAAGGAUUUGUCAUAUGUACAUGAAGCAAUGGAUACCCCAACUCUGUUUUUGAAGACUGCCGGAAUUCACCCCACUCUGGAUAUUAUAGAGAUGUUUUCAGCCCAAAUGCCUGAUGCACCAUUUAGCGCUGUGCUGCAAACAUUUGAAGACAUGGCAACGGUCAGCGGAAAGUAUUUUCUGUGCAAUUAUGGUGAUUCCAAGGCACUAGCGCAAAGCAUGGAUCACUUAGAUUUGUCUGUCCGAGAUCGCUACCAGUUUGUCUCUGCGCCAACACCGCUUAGGGAUACAGCUUGCCUUCAAGCCAUUAUAGAAAUGGCCACUUCAUAUAGCGAAAAUGAAGAUAUUGAUUUGAAAAAACUGGUCAAACUUCCGGCUGUGAAGGACUCUGUAACCAAAACAAAGCUCGAUCAACUGGAGAGCUGUCAUAAAAUCAUUAUGAUCUAUAAAUGGCUCAGGUAA